GCUGACAGCGAGUUGUACAACAGCAGCACAGCUUUAGUGAAGCUGGCCUGUCGAUUGAAGGAUGGAGGCCAGUGGCAGACCCUCCACAGCACAGAUUGUGUUGCUGGCCACUAGUUCGGCUCUGACUGCUGUCUUGUACUCCAUAUACAAGAAGAAAUCGAGCCAUGUGGCUAGACUAAGGGAGGCCAAGAAGAUGUCAUUAAAUCCAGACCUGAAAACUAUCCUCAAUGAAGCACCAGGAAAAUGUGUUCCUUAUGCAGUUAUUGAAGGUGUUGUGCGCUCAGUGAAGGAGACCUUGAACAGCCAGUUUGUGGACAACUGUAAAGGAGUCAUCGAGAGGUUGACCCUAAAGGAGAAGAAGAUGGUGUGGAAUCGCACAACACAUCUGUGGAAUGAUUGUGAAAAGCUCAUCCACCAACGCACCAACACCGUGCCCUUUGACCUGGCCCCGCAUGAUGACACCAUUCCCACAACAGUGCGAGUGGUCCGUCCACUCGAUGCAGCUGAACUGGAUCUGGAGACCACCUAUGAGAACUUCCACCCCUCCCAGCAGUCUCUGACCAAUGUCAUCGGUCACUUCAUCAGCGGCGAGCGGCCGCAGGGCAUCCAGGAGACGGAAGAAAUGCUCCGUCUGGGUGCCAGCAUGACUGGCGUAGGGGAGCUGGUGCUGGACAACAACCUAGUUCGUCUUCAACCCCCUAAGCAGGGCCUGCGGUACUUCCUCAGCCGCCUGGACUACGACACGCUCCUGAGUAAGCAAGAGGGUUACCUGCGGCUCUGGAGGGUCUUGACGGUGCUGUUUGGCUUGACUGCCUGUGCCACGCUAUUCUACCUGCUGUGGCGACAGUACGUGCUGCGUAAGGAGCGGAGGAAAGAGCGCAGCGUACUGGACGAGUACAGAAAGUGGCAGAGCAGACGUUUAAAGGAGCUCGACCUGGCGGAGGGUGAUGUGUCUCCUACCACAUGCACAAUAUGCCUGAGUCACGAGCGCUCCUGCGUGUUUCUAGAGUGCGGUCACGUGUGUACCUGUGAGGAAUGCUAUAGGGCCCUCCCCGAACCUAAGAAGUGCCCCAUAUGCAGGGCUAAAAUAGAUAGGAUUGUCCCUCUGUAUAACAGCUAGAGGCCUUAUUAUGAAUAUGCAUUAUGCUCUUUAAAAUGGGCAGGUUUUUGGAUGUGAGCAGAGCAUUUCUUGCCAUGUAAUAUCAGCCAUAAUGCAAAUACUCUGCAUUAAAAAAUAUUCUUCCAGUUUGA